GCAUUCUGGGUAUGCCGUGGGGCCCUCCAAGGUUUGAAGAGCGCAUGUGUGCGGCUGCUUCUUCCUUUCUCCUCUUCGCUCUCGUGAGGACAAGAUGGGUCACCAGCAGCUUUACUGGAGUCACCCGCGCAAAUUCGGCCAGGGCUCUCGCUCUUGCCGAGUAUGCUCGAACCGGCACGGCCUGAUCCGGAAAUACGGCCUGAACAUGUGCCGCCAGUGUUUCCGCCAGUAUGCCAAGGAUAUCGGCUUCAUCAAGUUGGAUUGAGUCAUGUUCCUUGAGUGGAUGCUGCGAGACAUCGGCGCUUUGGAAAAUCAUGCCGGCUGUUUGUACAUAAAAUAAAGAACUUCAACUUACGAGUG